GGUUCAGUUUGUCCCUCGCUGGGAGCCGUAGUGGCGGGUUACAGACGGAUCAGAAAAACAGACGAUCUUCGGAAACUUGUCUGUUCUAAAUCUUCUUUUCUGGUCAGUAUGACUGAUUUCUGUGUGAACUCCGUGAAUAUCUGUGUUCUUUCGGACAUGUUAGCGCUGGUUUGGUUCAGUUUGACGGGAUCCUGUGACUGUUGAGUAACUUUAAAAACACUGUUGUGGUUAACCGUGUUUCUAAACCCGUUUCUAUUCUAAGUAGUUUUUCUGUUUCAGGUGAACUCUCUAAACUGUCUCCUCUUCUCCGUCUGUAAAUGUGUGUUUUUAGAGUCUAAUUAGAUAAAAUGAGCUGAUUAAGUCUCUUCUAAAAGUUUUAAAAUGAUCUGCUGUCAGCUGUUCUCCGUCCUCUCCAUCUGAUCCUUCUGUUAAAUAAUUAAAAAUAUCUCUUAAUCAUCUUAGUACAACUUUCACCUCCUCACCUGUCCCCUCUCUGUCUGUAUUUUUGAUUAUUUUAGUCUGUUUAAUCAUAUUUUUAGUUUUUCUCUCCGACUCUGAUAAAUCUGCAGAUUUUAGAGUUAAAAUAGUUAAAAAUCUUCUAUAAGAGUUUGUUUUGUGUCUCGUUUCUUUAAUGAAAGUUGAUCAUUUUGUCAGUAAUUAUUCAUGGAGCUCUCAGGUGGGUUAAACUGUCAUCCUCUCUUCCAUGUAAGAUAACUGUGUGUGUGUGUGUGAGUGAUUAUUGUGUGUUUUCCUCCAGGUGUCGUCAUGGAGGAGGUGACCCGCCUGGUGUCGACAGGAGACUGUGUGAAGAUCUGGGAUGCCGUUUCCAUGGCGCCGCUGGAGCAGUUUAACCCUCACAGCGUCAGCCACCCUGUGUCACAGGCCUGCUGGAGCGCCAACAGUAUCCUGAGCGUGUGUGUGUGGACAUGGAGUCAAACAGAGCUCCUGUUUUUAUGUAAAGAAUCAAAGGUGAUGAUGAAGUUGAUGAUUUUGUUUAGUAAAACAAACGUCCAGACGUCACACGGCUCAGGGUUUCCUGGUUUUUCUCUCAUCAGGAGCUCAAAAGUUUGUAUUUUAUGUAUAAAAACAGUGAAGAUCUGAAACAGUCAGUAAGACACCUGAGUCCAACAUACUGUUGAACAUGAAGCUGUAAUGAGGAGUUAAAGUGUAAGUCUCCUGUUUCUUGUUAAAAUCUCAGAUCGACCUGAAAGUGUCUCAUGAUUGUUUGAUUCAGCUGCGAGGGCCAAAAGCUCGGAGUGAGUCUUUCUUAUAGAACUGAACCGCCGUCCUAAUCCGAACCGCAGAUCUUAAAGGUUUGAGGUUAAACGCUGCACCAUCCUUGACGGGGUCUUUCAGAGCAGUACCUGGUCACAGCCUGCAGCAGCGGAGACAAACUGGUGGUCUCCAGCCUCAAAUCCACUCCUGUCCCGGUCCUGGAACUGGCUGAAGGGGUGAGUGCUCCACGGCUGUCACUGAAGUAGAUAUUGUCUCUGAGAGAGCUGCUCCACCACAGACGGACACCAUGUUCACAGAGUCUGGUUUUUACAGUCUCAUGACGGUGGAGAAAUCAGCUGUUCUUCUGUGAGCCUCAAGUUUCUGUUACUGAUGUGAUAAAAAUGAGUGUUUAGGGUCUGUGAGGUUAGCUUUGUUGGUGGAGCAGAGUCUACUGUGUGAGCUUCAACAGGACGACUCCAGGAGGACGGUCCUGGUAAAGGUCAUAAAUAUAUGAGGCUUGGAAUGAAUGUGUGGUCUGAGAAAUAACGAUUGGACAGGUCUUCAGGUUUGUCAUCUUCACGUUUUUUUUUUUUUUUUUUUUUUUUUUUUUUGCGUGUCUUUCUUUUUAUUUCUCCCCUUGCAGCACGCUGUAACACCAGCAACGUAAAACCACACUUUUAAGUUAUUUCAUGAAGAUAUGUUCUCGAAAUAAUGUGAUUUCAUGUUGUAAUGUGAAAAUAUAUAUCUUUUUUUAACAACAAAACAGAGUGAUGACAACAACAGAAACAACAACAAAAAGAUAAAAAAUAAAAAAAAUUACAAAAAUACUUCUGUGAGGGAGGGGAGGGGGGAAGGAAUUUAUAGAAUAUGUAAAAGAGAAUUUAGAAAGAAAAGAAAACAGAAAAGAAAAAUCUUAAUUGGAUUACAUUGGAAUAUCUAUAUAAUAAUUAUAUGUAUACAUAUACAUACACAUACAAACAUACAUGCACACAUGCAUACACACAUAUAUAUAUAUAUAUAUACACAUAUAUACCCACACACACAUAAUCCCCCCGAAUCACCGACACAACAGCGACGAUACAACAACCACAAUAGCAUUAGCAGUAACAACACCAGAAAUACCGGCGACAGCAAUGACAGCAAACAAAUGACCGCAACGACGCUAACAAUAAUGACAGUCCUACUAAUGAGGAUAUGGAAUAACAAAAGCCACCACAAUCCACAACACUAUGGCCCAGGCCAGAGGCCGGCCCGGCCCCCCGCACCACCCAAAAAGCAGGCCGACCAGCACCCACGUCCACCGUGGUGGGACGCCUGCGGGGCACCCCACAGGACCCCGCCCCGCGGCCACCCGCCAACCAAACUGACCGCCCACUCCACCUCUAGAUACCCCGGGCCGCACAUGACUCUCCUCUUGUGUUAUGUUCAUGUGGUGCAUUAAAAACUUCACUGUGAUGUGAUGUGAUGUCAUCUUCACGUUUAACGACCUUUGGCGGUUUUAACGCCGACGCCUCUCUCUGCUGUGUGUCCAGAAAAAACAAACCCGUGUGAGUCUGAGCUCAUCGUCUCAGUUUGUGGUCAGCGGAGGUCUGGAUCACUGCGUUCACAUCUGGGACCUGAAGACCAAGAGACUGCACCGCUCCCUCAGGGUGAGACCACAGACACACACACACACACACACACCUCUGAGUGUCCAGGGUGAACACCGGUCAUCUGUUAAAGUGCGUCUCCUCUUCAGGACCACACAGAGGAGGUGACGUGUGUUUCCUUCAAUGCCAACGACAGCUACAUCGCCUCCGGCUCCACCAGCGGAGAUCUGGUCCUCCACAGUUUGACCACCAACCUGUCCAGCAAACCCUUCGGACACGGCAGCAACCAGGUGAGUCGCUGCGUCACCUCAAGAGUUCGAUGGAGGAGCUGAACCGUCCCGUCACAACAUCUCUGCGACUUUUUACCGCUCACUUAAAUGAGAGGUCAGAAAGUUAUCAGAGUCCUCUACGAAAUCAGAACCACAAGUUCAUGCUCCCGUUGAGUUUCCAGAACCAGCUGUCAGGUCUUUAAGGAACUUAAAGAUCUGUGGUAGUUCUGGACGAAGACCUGGUUCGGUUUUCUGUCAGAGUCCAGAUCGCUGUUCUCCAUUUUAACGUCAGGGAACUUGACCCCGAGUCCUCCAUCGCUAACGGGUCUUUCCUCUCCAGCCGAUCCACGAUCUGAGACUCUCGCCGCUGAAGCGCUCCCUGCUGGGCAGCGUCUCUGACAGCGGCACCGUGGUCCUGUGGGACUCCAACACCCAGAAGGAGUUACACGUGUUCGACAGCGCCCAUAAGGCCCCCAGCUCCGGCAUCGCCUUCUCGCCCGCCAGUGAGCUGCUGGUGGUCAGCGUCGGUCUUGAUAAGAAGAUCGUCUGCUACGACACAGCCAGCAAAAUGUAAGACUCCAAAAAACUAAACUUUUUGUUUUUCGUUUGUUUUUAUUUAUUUAUUUAUUUUUUUGUUUUUAUUUAUUUUUUGUUUGUUUGUUUUUAUUUAUUUUUUGAUUGUUUUUUUUGUCUGUUUGUUUGUUUGUUUGUUUUUUCGUUUGUUUGUUUUUAUUUAUUUUUUGAUUGUUUGUUUUUGUUUUUUAUUUAUUAUUAAUUUAUUUAUUAUAUUAUUAUUAUUUAUUUAUUUUUUGUCUGGUUUUUUUUGUCUGUUUGUUUGUUUGUUUGUUUUUUCGUUUGUUUGUUUUUAUUUAUUUUUUGAUUGUUUGUUUUUGUUUUUUAUUUAUUAUUAAUUAAUUUAUUAUAUUAUUAUUAUUUGUUUAUUUUUUGUCUGUUUUUUUUAUUAUUAUUUUUGAUUGUUUGUUUAUUUAUUUAUGUAUUUAUUUGUUUGUUCAUUUGUUUGUCGUUGCAGAGUGCUGAGGUCCAUCCGGGUUGAGGGUCCUCUGACCGCGGUGGACUUCACUCCAGAUGGAACCGGUCUGGUGGUGGGAUCCACCCAGGGGAAGAUCUACCAGUACGACCUGAGGAACUCCAGCGCCCCCACCAGGGUGACGGUGGCACACAAAACCUCUGUGACCUGCCUGCGCUUCCAGAGCAACAGCAGCAGACCGAAGGUACCAACGACACUGGAACCAGAACUCACUGAGCUAAAACCUGAAAACGGACCCAGAUGUUCUGCUGGGAUUCUCAUGUGGUCUACCCUGACUCUGUAGACCAGGUUUUGGGUCUUUAAAGGAAGUCUUUGUGAUCUGGAACCAUCAGCAGCUCUGUUCUGAUCAUGUUCCUGUCCUUCUCCCUCCUUUUCUUGUCCUCCUCUAGUCCACUAAACUGGGCUCUACAAAGAUUGCCAGCAUCACCAGAUCCUCCUCCAAGAUGACCAGCAGCCAGACAGACUCCGCCCCUAGCACAGGCCCCGCCCCCCACAGACAGGUGACAAGUACAGGUACAGUCAACUCCUUUGACACACGAUCGUCACAUGAAAAUCUGUUUUUAAAUUUUGUUCUUAUUUCAAAGUUUUUGUGAUCGUAGCUGAUCGUAACCAUUCAAGUUAACGUGUCAAUUUACACCGACUUCUUUACAUUCCUCUGCGGAUCGCCGGACUCCUCAGCUGAUCACAAGAGUUCUAUUUUUUCUGGGUAAGAGGAUUUUGUCCAUGGAUGAUGAGGGCUGUGUUUUGUCCAGCAGGGGGCGCUGGUGUGGAUGUGAUGACCCGGGAGGCUGAAGGACAGCAGGGGCCGGAGCAGCUUCCUGUCCUGGAGAAGUUUGGCGGUGUGGGGCGGAACAGUCUGGACAUGUUCUCUCCGGCGCGGGAAGGUCAGCGUGGUCACGAUGCGUUCACUGACUCUGUAAAAACGGACGCUCCAUCAUUUCUGACUCAUUUUCUCCGUCUGUCUGUCGUAGACUCGCGGACUCAGGGGACGGCUGGAGACCCUCUGACGGGGAGGACUCAGGGUACGAGGAGAAGUCUCUCUGUAAUCUGGUUUUUAGGUGGACCAGGCUGCUGCCGGUUCUGGACUCACUGUGGUUCUGGACUCACUGUGGUUCUGGACUCACUGUGGUUCUGUGUUUCAGUUUCCAGUUUGGAGAUGCUGUCCAGAGAGGGGGAGGGGCAGCCGGUCGUGGGUCGGGCCAGUCUGGACAUCUUCUCCCCGGUCAGAGAAGGUUAGUCUGGUUCACAUAACUGGGAUUCUUAUCGGGGUUGAAACUGGUUUAAACUGGUUUAAGGUGUUUUAAUGGUUGAUCCCUGAGUCGGACUGAGACAGAAACCAGGUCCUAAAGUGAACUGGACUUCAGGGACUCUGAUCAGGGUUCUGUGGUUCCUGUCUGGUUUUGUCUCAGACUCUUAUUCUGGAGGAGGAUCCCAUCGUAAGACCCCUCUGGGAACCCCGCUGGGAGCCUCAGCAGGUCGAUGCUACAGCCCGCUAUCCGCCUUCCAGACCCCGCCCCCAAUCAAAGAGGAGGAGCCAAUCCCUGCUGCUGGUGAACCGUGUGACUCCAGGAAGGUGCUGACCUUUGACCUCAGUCUGUGGUGUUAUUUCAGUCACACCUGCAGCUCUGUCCCGCUCACCUGAGAGGAGAUCUAACGGCGGUGUUUGUGUUGAUUGACAGCUCGAUAAGGCCAGCAGCUCCAGUCUAGAGGUGGAGGGUCAGACCACGCCCACAUCAUCCCAGCAGACCAAUCACAGUCAGCCAGGCCCGCCCUUCUUCACUCCAGAGCCCGGUCUGAGGAGAGCCAACGGGUUUCAGGCUCCGCUAAGCUACGGGUCACCUGUUCAUGGAGCUCCGCCCACCAGCACAGCAGGUAUUCAGUUCUACUGACUUCAUUAACAACUUAAUUACCUCAGGUUUACUUUUCAGUUUAUUUUUGUAUAUUUGGUUUUAUAAUAAAAUAAUCACAGUUUAAAAAUUGUUUUUAUUUUGAUAUUUAACUUUUAUUUAUUUAUCUUUUUAAAAUUAUUACAUUUUAUUUACUUUUCUGUCAAAUUUAUAGUUUGUUUUUAUUAUAUUUGAUAUUUAUUUUACUUUUUUUAUUUAUAUUUUUGAGUUAUUUAAUUUUAUUUUCAAUAAAUUAAAGUUUUUUUUCUAAAUUUAAUAGCAUUGCUAUUAUUUGAUGAACUGAUUUUAUUCUUUUUUCAUUAUUUUAAUUAAUUUUUUUUAUUUUAUUGUUAAAUUUUUACUCAUUAUUUUUAACAUUUUUUAUUUUUUUUAUGUUUUCUUCCUACUAUUGAGGUUUUUAUUUAUUUUAAAAAAAUUUUAUUGUUAAUUAUUCACUUUUUAAUUUUUUUUUCAGAUAUAUAUUUAUAUAUAUUUUUUUAUAUAUUUAAAUUAUAAUAUAUUAUAUUUAUAUAUAUUUUUUAAUAGAUGAAUAUCAAUAAAAAACAAACAUGUUUACAAGGACAUGCUUACAGGACAGUCUUGACUACACACUACAUGAUCUGAAAGGAUGAAACGACUGAAAACUAAAGUGUUUGUUAGAACAUCAGGACUGACUCAAACUCAGGUCAGAACACGAGGGCUGAAGUUUAGUUGAUCAGAGUAAAGAUGAAAACCCUAAAAUCCGGUUUAUCAAAGUGUUUUUAAAAACAUUCACAUGUCUUCAGGUCCGGCUCUGUCUGCAGCCGUCUCCUCCUCUCUGUCCCAGAACAUCGCUGAGGUGGUGGGACAGGCUGGAGCCGCUCCUCUCACCUCCCUACAGAUCCACUUCAUCCAGAACAUGAUCCACGAGACCCUGGAGGACUUCAGGUGAGUCUGAGCUUUAAAUCUGACACCGCAGACUGACGAGUGUGGGACUCAAAGUUUGUCUUUGUCUCCACCUCAGAGACGCCUGUCACAGAGACAUCGUCAACCUGCAGGUGGAGAUGGUGCGACAGUUCUACAUCCAGCUGGUACGAAAACAUCCCUGACUUUCUGUCGUCAUGCUGACGGCUGCUGUUAGUAAUUUAGGAAGAAAAAAGGAUCAAAUUGAAACUGGUUUUUGUUUGUUGUGAGUCUGAACAUGUGAAAGGAAAGGUCUGAUUCAGGUUCUUCAGAGAGCGACCCGACCCGACCCGACCCGUGUUCACGCUGUGUUUUUUGUUUCAGAAUGAGAUCCACGGUCUGAUCGAGAAGUACUCUGUGAACGAGUCUCUGGUGGAGGAGAUCGAGAAGCUGAGGGAGGAGAACCGCCGGCUGAGGACCAACUACUGACCCUCUGAUCCUGAGCGUUUCUGUGCCUGUUGUGCCCUGAGUUCAGACUCUCAGGAAGUGCCUUCCUCUGUGCUGAGGGAUGAGGUUUGAAUUUUUACCCUGAGACUGCUGAGAGUCUGCAGCCAAAGAUGAGAACUUUCUUUGUGGACUGAAGCAGCCGCCGUCUUUCCUCCAUCUCUGCCGACGUUCAGUCAGACUGCGGCUGACCAGCAGCAUCAUGGAUGUUUGAGAUGUUGUGUUUUCUGAAUCUGAAGAAUGAACGGUGAGAAGAGUGUUCAGCUGAGUGUGAGAAAACAAUAAAAAAUAAAGUCCUUUCAGACAAUGUCUAACGCCAUCAUCAGCUGUUAGCAUCAUGUGUCUGUUUCAUGUUUUUACGGAAAAAAAGUCUAAAGAAUUAAAAAAAUGUUCAUAUAAAAAUUAAAAA